AGCAGCGACGAAACAACGAAGAACGUGCCAGCCACUGUCUUCUUCCUCCCACGUCACAGACAUGGAAGGAGAGAGCUCAAGCAGCAGCAAGAAGAGGAAGAUAAUCCACCAAGAUCAUGAUGAUAAUAGUAAUAUUGAUGAUGAAGAGAAGAUGGAGAAGUUCUUCGCUCUCAUCAAAAGCAUUCGCGACGCCCGCCAUUGUUUAACGAACAGUUCUGAUGACGCUGCGGACGGCGGUGAUGAUGGAAAGAAGAGAGAAGCCGUUUGGAAGCCUUCGUUUCAACGUGAAGAUUUUAUGGACGAGGCAGCCCGAGAGUUCAAAGACGAUCCUCCUGUGUCUUUAGCAGCGGCUGAAGGCGUUGUGGACGACGUGGCGCAACAGUUAAAAGACGACCCUCCUGUGACUUUAGCAGCGGGUCAUGUAGCAGGAAAUAUUGAUGAGAGACAGAAAGAAGAAACUAGCAAGGAAGUCAUAGACCUGAGCCUCUCACUUUAGUCAAGUCGGUGUUUGUUCUUGUGCUCGAUGCAUGCUUUCAUGUAAUUAAUCACUAAUAAUUUACUUUCCAUUUUACCCUUU